AUGACGAUGACAUACCACAUGGAAGGAUCUGUCAAUGGGCAUUCCUUUACAAUCGAGGGUGAAGGCAGGGGGAAGCCGUACGAGUAAGUCGAUCAACACACCUCCCUUGAUAGUAAAAGGCAACUGAAGAUCUUCACUGUUAUAGGUUUAAGAGAAAUAAGAGUAGUCGUCAAUUUCGGGAUAUUUUUGUGAUGAAAAGUCAAAUUCUCAAAUCAUUUUAAAUUAGCUGUACUGAGUAUAAGGCGAGAGAUUCCGAAAACCCAAUCAUACCAAAAGAGAUAUUAUGGCCUUAGGUGCAACAGAAAGCUCUAUGAAUUGUGAAAGUGGUUUUACUAAUCAUCACAAGUAAAAACCAGAAAAAAAUGUAAGUUAUUCUACAUUAUUCAAAAUCAAUAACAACUUUUCUUUGAAUGGCAAAUUUGACACUGAUUAAUGUCGAAACACGAUGUUAUUCGCAAUAGGCCACGACGAUCGCCAAUUUUUUGCUGGCCAGGAUCAAACGUCGUUUAUAUUAUCAUAUUUACGCAAACUAUCAUCUCAACAACUCUGCCACUAAAGUGACCUGACAUUAUAUUUCAAAAAUUAACUUUUUCAAUAAUGCUUAAUUAUUACUUUUCUUAAGAAGGAACAAAUAAAAACUAAUUAAAUAAAUGAACCUGUUGAACAGUAUUAAUGAUUCUUUAGGCUAGGUAAGCGGUAUAAUAUAUAGAUUUAGCCACAGCUAAAAGCGAAGCUCCCAUUGAUAAAUUUAUAACUUAAAUCAAACAAUAAUUUUGUAUUCCACAAAUCAGUUAACUUAAGGGCACAUUCAUGUGACUUUUGAGGGAAAAGCUAUCUGAUUUUGGAGUGAAACAAAUCUUGUAUUGAGCUGAUAUAGCCUUAUAUGUACACCCAAAAAAUAGUCUUCGGUCACAUUUAAGAGCAAUAAUAUACACUUAAUGUCAGAUCCGAGGGAAACAGUUAGUUUUGUUUUCCCAAGAGUCCUGAUGUUUCCCGAGACGAAGUCGAGGGAAACAUCAGGACUCGAGGGAAAACAAAACUAACUGGUUUCCCGAGGGACCUGGCAUUAAGUGUUUUGUUAUAUUUCAAGACUUUCACUUCAACAGCAACAAAAGAAUAACCGGAGCGAACCAAAACAGUCGACUCGGUACUCAUAACAACACAAAUUUAAUUCUCAAAACCACUGAAUGAAUGAUUUACAAACAAAAGUACUUUCCUCAUAUUAUCUGCAUCUUUUUCCUCCACUAGCUGCUGUUUUUCUUCUGGGAACUUCUUGGAUAACUUUAAAAAUCGUUGCUUUUUAGCUUGAGGCUUCGUUUUUGUGUUGUUGUGUUCAUUCACGAAAAAGAAAACUGGCUGGACCUGGCGGUGUUUUUCCCGCCUUCUGUCACACCACUUUCCACCAUGCUUUGAUCACGUGCUGCAAUGUAUCCCGAGCGGGAUACAUUUGAUUUUAGUCAAGGCCACGUGACCAAGAAUCAACCAAUGGCAGUCCCUGUUUAGUUGAGUGAAAGUCUAGGAAUAUAACAAUAGCUCUUGAUCACAGUAGAUAAGGCGUGGAAAACAAAUUCUUGGAAAACAAAUCAGGCCGAAUGUUUUGCGUUCGACAAGUUUACAAAUUCUUGCCAAUAAAUCUGGGUGCGUGCAAACCAUUCUUUUAUUUUUUUUUUAUACACCACAUCUGAGGAGAAAGAGUGCUAUGAGGCGCUGUUUUUAUCAUACAGACCUCGGUACAAAAUGCAGUAUUUCACAAUUUUUCAAUACUCAGGACCAUCGAAGCACGCGUGGACUUUUAAUUAGCGAAACCGUUCAAAAAAUGUCCAAAAUCACCUAUACGGUCAGCCGGUUCUAACUUUUGACAAGCGCCAAAUUUGCGAAGAAAUUUUAAAAGAGUUACGCUUCAACGUGAUAAAGAAUUUAUUGAGUCUAUUUUUUAUUAAUGGUUUUAUAACGAUGUGUAAUCUUAAAAAGCGUUUGAUACGCUCGGCAUUUUGAGGACUUCUGCAAGCGAUGUUUAUGAACGCCUGAAAACAAACGGCAAAGCGAUGAAAAUUACACUUUUGAGAGUAGAACAUUUACAGAGACAACAAUUUUCAUUCACGAAAACAAAUGAGUAUUUAUAAGUGUCUCUAAGAAUCCUCAGGUCUUUACUAGUAAGCUUAAAGAUUAAGUUUAUGUUUUAAGCCGCCGGUUUCCCGGUGUUUGCUUUUUUCAAAGAUGAACUCACGACAAGAAAAUCGCUCAAAGCUUUCUUUCUACAGCCAAAAUUAUAACUAAAUAUUCUUCAGAAAGUUUUUUCUUUCUAUUUACGGUGAAUUAAUAUCGACUAAAGGCUUUUUAAAGUUCUGUAAGCUGUAUAUCAAACCUCAUACUAGGUCAGAUCAGUGUCUCAGUCAAAUCUUAAUGCAAACGUGCAUAAACUAGCUUCAUAAACUGCGCCGCUGGACUUCAUGAAAUUAGAUAUAAAUGCAAUAAUUACUCAGGCUUACCUUAUUUCGAGAUGCAGCUCCUGACAGCUUUCAAGUAAGGCAAGGAUCGCUUGAGCCUUCAUAAUUCGGUUCUUUCUGUAGGUACCGGAACACAGUAUACGUCAUCACGCUCAAAUAAAUUACUUCGGUCUCAAUGCAUAAUUUGCUAAAAUUAUUUCCAAAUGGAGGAAUUACAGAAAUAGUUUCAAAAGGCAAUUAACCAAACAAAAUAAGAAACUAAGCAAAAAUUCAGUCCGUGGGUCAGCCGUUGCCUCAAGUCCAAAGGUCCACAGAGUCCACAGGUCCACGGAGUCCACAGAGUCCACAGGUCCACGGAGUCAACAGGUCCACAAAGUCCACAGGUCCACAGGUCCAAAGGUCCACAGAGUCCACAGGUCCACAGAGUCCACAGGUCAACAGAGUCCACAGAGUCCACAGGUCCACAGGUCCACAGAGUCCACAGAGUCCACAGAGUCCACAGAGUCCACGGAGUCCACAGGUCCACAGAGUCCACAGGUCCACAGAGUCCACAGAGUCCACAGGUCCACAGAGUCCACAGGUCCACAGGUCCACAGGUCCACAGAGUCCACAGAGUCCACGGGUCGAUAGAGUCCACAGGUCCACAGAGUCCACAGAGUCCACAGAGUCCACAGGUCCAAAGGUCCACAGGUCCACAGAGUCCACAGGUCCACAGAGUCCAAAGAGUCCACAGAGUCCACAGGUCCACAGGUCCACAGGUCCACAGGUCCACAGAGUCCACAGGUCCACAGAGUCUACAGGUGCACAGAGUCCACAGAGUCCACAGGUCCACAGGUCCACAGGUCCACAGAGUCCACAGAGUCCACAUGUCCACGGAGUCCACGGAGUCCACAGGUUCACAGAGUCCACAGGUCCACAGAGUCCACAGGUCCACAGAGUCCACAGAGUCCACAGGUCCACAGAGUCCACAGAGUCCACAGAGUCCACAGGUCCACAGAGUCCACAGGUCCACAGAGUCCACAGAGUCCACAGGUCGAUAGAGUCCACAGAGUCCACAGAGUCCACAGAGUCCACUAGUCCACAGAGUCCACGGAGUCCACAGGUCCACAGAGUCCACAGAGUCCACUGGUCCACAGAGUCCACAGGUCCAUAGAGUCCACAGAGUCCACAGGUCUACAGCCUCACCAGUUUACACUUCUUUGGUAUUUUCUUCGGUACAGUAUUUUCUAGAACCUUAUGUUAAAUGGUAUACAAGUUUCAAGCGAGUUCUUUUGACGAACUAAGUUUUUUUCCCACGAGCUGGAGUGCUGUGUUUAGCCAAGUGUGACAAAGGUCUAUUUUCAAAUUCUGUGUUUACAAGUUGGCGGAAGCCGUAAGAUAUCAGAAGUUCAAGUGAGAGUUUAUUAUUACUGGCAGAGGCUGUUUAGUUUUACUUAAGUUCAAGUCAAGUUUGUGUUGGUGGAUGCUGUGUUUUAAGGUUCUGUAAAGGCUAUGUUCCUUUGGUAUUAAACUUCCUUGUGUUAAUCCGACAUCCCUGCGUGCUGAUAGGCAGUGAAUAAUUAUCCUCAAAACAUUCUAACUCAUAACAUUUAACAAUUAUUCACCGAAGGCGAAGUUAAUAUUGUUGAAUAAUAAAUAAUAUUUAAAAUUUGUAUAGCGCAAAUUAACAUACAGGAGGAUAUGAUCAAAUGUGCUUUACAUAUUAAAAUUGAAUCCAAAAUUACCAUGUUACCUAUUUACAAUUUUGAAUUUACAAUGAAGUGUGAGGAUAUAUAUUAUAUGAAACACUAAAAAGAAAUCAUAAAUUAAACGCUUCUCUAAGAUAGUGAGUUUUAAGCAAUGACUUAAAGGUGUUAAAAUUUUGCUGUGACUAUAAUGAUUGCGGGAGACUGUUCCAAAUCUUGGCGGAUGGAUUGGAAGAGGCUCGAUCGCCAAGCGUCGUGAAUGGUCUUCCAACUGGAUACUGGUGCUCGAGCGGAAGUUGUACUGUCGAAGUAUUCUUGAUGGCGAUCAUGCUUUUUUUAGAUAAUUAGGAGCGUUUGCAUGAAUGCACUUGAAACAGAGCAUAGCAAUCUUGAAAUUGAUUCUAAACUUAAUCGGCAGCCAGUGAAGACGUAUAAAGGACGAUGUGACGUGUUCAUGUCUUGGCAAUGAGCACACCAAUCGGACUGCCGCGUUUUGCACCCGUUAAAGAUUGCUAAGGUUCGUAGCGGCAACACCAUACAAUGGGCUAUUGCAAUAAUCUAUUCUCGAUUUCGCUAUUGCCUGAACAAUCGUCUUUUUCUUUCUAUUAAGAAAUCUUUUAAUCCGCCCAAUAUCAUACAGAUGGUAAAGUCCCGAUUGACAAGUCUUGUUGAUGGCGGUUUUCAUACUCAGAUGGUUGUCGAACCAUGUCCCUAGGUUUGAACGUUGCAUACUGCAGAUACUUUCACGUGAUCAAUGCUUAGCUCUGAUAUGCUUAUCUUGUCCAACUGCGCGCGGGUUCCGAUUACAGUUAAUUCUGUUUUGUCAUCAUUUAGCUUAAGUUUGUCAGCCGUCAUCCAAGUGUUGAUGUGUAGAAUGUAAUCUUGUAAUGCAGUUACCGCUUCUAAUUCACUCGCACUAGAACCAGGCUUAAAUGAGAUAUAUAACUGGUUAUCGUCUGCUUAUGCAGUAUACGUAUGCUGGUUGUUGUCUGCGUGUACAUCUGAGAGGUGACGCUUCACUACCUCAAAUAGCUUGCUGGCAUAAAUUGUACAAAGCAGCGGCCCCAGACACGAACCCUGUGGUACACCAUGAGGUAGAGAGAAAUCCUCUGAGAAGCUCCCAUUAAGUAAUACACGCUGUGAUCUACCAGCCAGGUAGGAUCUGAACCAUUGAAGUGCAGUAUCUGGAAAGCCAAACGUUAUCUCAAGACGACGGACAAGUACUUCAUAAACGCUGAACUCAAGUCUAACAGCACUAGUAGAGUAACCCUCUGGUUAUCCAUGUUAAGCAAGAUGUCAUUGUGUACCUUAAGGAGGGCCGUCUCUGUUCUAUGGCGUGCUCGAUAAGCUGACUGGAGCAUUUGGUACAACUCUGAUCGAACUAAGUGCUCUUGGGUUUUGUAGUACACUGCUCUCUCCGUAAGCUUCGAAAUAAAUUGGAGAUUUCUCACGGGUCAGGAGCCCAUCAAAUGGAGCCUCCAUCUCCCAUACAAGCCCUUGGAGUCAACCCUUUCCCGAGUAGAUUUAUAAUUAGAACGGUUCCCAGGGGAGACUUCGCGCGCCGACGGUGGGAAGAGCCAAUCACAACGACGAAAUGACACUGCUAUUGUACUUCACAAAACAGCAGGAAAUUUGGUGUUGACAGGCCAAACACAAUCAUAAGCUAGUGAAACGUGACUUCAGCGUUUUCAUUCCUCGGAGAUUUUCUUUCUUUUCUUUCUAGUGGGUAGAUUAUAAUGUGGAAAGUUUUACACUCUGACUAUGUUAAUCAUAAUUUUGGUUGCUUGUCUCACAUUAAGAGGACCUGUGGACCUGUGGACUUUGUGGACCUGUGGACUCUGUGGACUCUGUCGACUCUGUGGACUCUGUGGACAUGUGGACCUGUGGACUCUGUGGACUGUGUGGACCUGUGGACUCUGUGGACCUGUGGACUCUGUGGACUCUGUGGACCUGUGGACUCUGUGGACCUGUGGACUCUGUGGACUCUGUGGACCUGUGGACUCUGUGGACUCUGUGGACUCUGUGGACCUGUGGACUCUGUGGACAUGUGGACCUGUGGACCUGUGGACUCUGUGGACUGUGUGGACCUUUGGACUCUGUGGACCUGUGGACUCUGUGGACUCUGUGGACCUGUGAACUCUGUGGACCUGUGGACUCUUUGGACUCUGUGGACCUGUGGACUCUGUGGACCUGUGGACUCUGUGGACUCUGUUGACCUGUGGACCUGUGGACUCUGUGGACCUGUGGACCUCUGGACCUGUGGACCUGUGGACUCUGUGGACUCUGUGGACCUUUCUACUUGAGGGAACGGACUUACUUUCUUAUUUUGUUUGGUUUAUUGCCUUUUGAAACUAUGUCUGUAAUUCCUCCAUUUGGAAAUAAUUUGGGCAAAUUAUGCAUUGAGACCGAAGUAAUUAAUUCGAGCGUGAUGACGUAUACUAUGCUCCGGUACCUACAGAAACAACGCAUAAUUCCCGUACGCAUCCAGCAAGGUGAAAAACAAAAACGAUGCCAUCGAUGCCACCCGAAAUCGGAUUAUCGGCUUUGAAAAGCGGAGCAUUUCUCAACCAAAAACCCAAUAAACAAACCAGCCAUGAAUAAGAGAAUACUCUUGAUAGCAGCUGUAUUCAUUUUUUACAUCCAGUGGAAAAAGACAGUUACAAACAUCACAAGUUGACUCAAAACUCUGUCAGCUUCAGCUGUCAAAGUAAACAACUUUCAAGAUGCUGCAUGAAUUUUAUGCAUGAACUCACCUGUCAAAUUUUAACCAAUCAGAGCAUAAAAAUUGGACGUGGAGCGUGACCAACAGGUGACCAUGGUUAGAAAAGGUCUUCCCCGCCUGUAUUUUAAAAAAACUGGCUGAAUUUUUGCGUCUGAGGUCAGUUUGAAAUCAAAAUCGUAAUAGUGCGGGGCGAUACUGACAUAAACACAACAUAUUUGAUAUGAACAGGACCCCAUAUGAAUUUUAAAAAAAAGUAAACGUGAGCCUGCGAUCAUUUGAAAACGAGUAAAUUGUCAGCGGAUAACUUCAAAAAAUACUCGACCUUGAUGGGUCGACACCUGAGACCGCGAUACGGUCAGGUGAUACUGGUCAUCGGAUACCCUGUUUUGACAGCUGUCAAUUGAUGACAACACUGAUGUGCAAUCAGCUUUCUCCUGGGCUUCCAAAGUAGUUAGAAAGUGUGAGAGUAAACAUUGGUAUGCCUGUGGUGCGGACGGACGGUCGGUCGCUCGGUCGCUCGGUCACGUGAUUACAAAAUUUUCUGGGAUGGGUAGAUUUACUUACCCAUGGUGCUCUGCAGGCGCGCUUCGCGCGCCAGAGCUCCGCUAAAAAGUAUAUUGUGUCGUGAUAGGACUUGCCAUUAAUCUUGUCAGUUCUUGUCAAAGGGCGAGAUUAGCAUUGCAGAAUCGAAAUUAAAGUUUAUAUUUAAAUUAUAUAGCAGGCUGUCCUAAGCCCCUAUUGUUAUUUAGUUAAAUUAGACUGAUAAAUGGGCAGUGUUUAGCCUAGUUCUCAAAAGGCUCUUCUCCGCUUUUCUUAUUUAGUUUAAUCGAUUUGUAUUUCAUUCUUGUUGUGUUUUUUUUUUGUAGGGGAAAACAGAUCUUGACACUGCGAGUAACCAAGGGUGCACCACUGCCAUUCUCUUUUGACAUAUUGUCGGCCGUGUUUUGCUAUGGUAACAGAGCCUUUACUGAUUAUCCUGCGUCCAUCGUUGACUAUUUCAAGCCAUCAUUUCCUGAAGGAUACUCUUGGGAAAGAACCCUUGAAUUUGAAGAUGGCGGAUCUUGCAUAGCCAGUGUGGAUAUAAGGUAUAAAUUUACUAAUUUUACGAUCAAAGACUCUUAAAAUUUAGAAUUAAUUAAUUAAUUUUAAGAAAGAUAAUAAUAUUGAUAAUAAUAAAAAUAAUAAAAAAUCUAAAUUUUGUUAUUGUCUCAUAAGUACUUUUUACUUCGAUAGCCUUGACAGUAAUAAACGCAACUGCUUUAUCCACAAGUCCACUUUCAUUGGGAUGAACUUUCCUGCUGAUGGACCAGUGAUGCAAAAGAGGACAACUAAUUGGGAGCCGUCCGUCCAAAAAAUGACUGUUAGCGAGGGGAUAUAUGAAGGGAGACGUUACCAUGUUCCUCUCGCUGACAGAUGGGAAAAAUCACCGUUGCCAGUUCCAUACGUUAUACAA